UAUCCCACCGCCUCCUGAACGCUGCUGAGGGCCUCAUUCUUCCCAGUCACCUGCCCUGCGGCCCCCUGCAGGGGUGGAGCUGAGUGAGGCAAGCCCCACGCCGGCACUGCAGCUGUCCGCUGGCGGCUGGUGUCUCCACCGCGCACUGGAGACACCGACCCAUGAAUAAUUACCAAGGCCCCGAUACUGGCCCGUCAUCCCCGCCGGCUGCUCUGCUUCGGGGCUUGUCCCAGACAGUGCAUGCAUCGUGCGUGCGACGGUGCAGAUGGCUGUGUGUGCACACGCUGACCCAACAAACCAGCCACCGGAAUACUGUCCAGUGACUUCCGUGACUGCUCCUGGGAUCUCCUGGGCGGAGAUGCCUCAGCACUCGAUGGGGGACAAGCCCCUGGUGUCCAUGCCACAGCUGGUGUUCCCGAGCCCACUCUCAGCCGUGGACAGUGGGAGUGGCCACAGCCCCCCAAGCAGCCGGGCGUCCCUCGGCUCGCCCCUCAGUCACGGCGUCCCGUGCUCCCCCGCCCACAGCCCCCUGGACUCCUGCAGCCAGCCGCUGUGCCAGCCGCCGGCCGGGAAGCGUGAACCCCGGGCGGCCCCCGAGAUGUGCUACGUGGCUGCGGGGCCACAGAGCAUGGCGUGUGGCUGGCGGGCCUUCGCACCCAAGUGGCUGCAGGCCUUCAACACGCCCAGGGGCUUCCUGCUCUUCCUGUGCGCAGCCGCCUUCCUGCAGGGCAUGACGGUGAACGGCUUCAUCAACACGGUCAUCACCUCCAUCGAGCGCCGCUACGACCUGCACAGCUACCAGAGCGGCCUCAUCGCCAGCUCCUACGACGUGGCCGCCUGCCUGUGUCUCACCUUCGUCAGCUACUUUGGGGGGACCGGCCACAAGCCGCGCUGGCUGGGCUGGGGCGUGCUGGUCAUGGGCGCCGGCUCGCUGGUGUUCGCGCUGCCCCACUUCACCGCGGGCACCUACGAGGCGGAGGGCGCCCAGGGUGUGGGCGCGUGCCCAGCCAACCACAGCCUGGCCUGCCCGGGCCGCACCUCCGGCCUGUCCAGCUACCGGCUGGUCUUCAUGCUGGGCCAGUUCCUGCACGGCGCGGGCGCCACGCCGCUCUACACGCUGGGCGUCACCUACCUAGACGAGAACGUCAAGUCUAGCUACUCCCCAGUCUACAUCGCCAUCUUCUACACGGCGGCCAUCCUCGGCCCUGCCGCCGGCUACCUGAUUGGAGGCGCCCUGCUCAAUAUUUACACAGAAGUAAGCCGACGGACGGAGCUGACCACCGAGAGCCCACUGUGGGUCGGCGCCUGGUGGGUGGGCUUCCUGGGCGCGGGGGCCGCCGCGCUCCUCAUCGCCGUCCCCAUCCUCGGCUACCCCCGGCAGCUGCCAGGCUCCCAGCGCUACGUGGUCAUGAGAGUGUCAGAAACAAAGCAGCUGAAGGACAGCGGCCACCAGGCGGCCACCAACCCCGACUUUGGGAAAACCAUCAGAGACCUGCCUCUCUCCAUCUGGCUCCUUUUGAAAAACCCCACGUUCAUCCUGCUGUGCCUGGCUGGGGCCACUGAGGCCACACUCAUCGCUGGCAUGUCCACGUUUGGCCCCAAGUUCCUAGAGUCUCAGUUCAGCCUGAGCGCCUCAGAAGCUGCCACCUUGUUUGGGUACCUGGUGGUGCCAGCGGGUGGCGGUGGCACCUUCCUGGGUGGCUUCUUCGUGAACAAGUUCAAGCUUCGUGGUGCGAGCAUCAUCAAGCUGUGCCUCUUCUGCACCGUGACCAGCCUGCUGGCCAUCUUCGUGUUCUUUAUGCACUGUCCCAACGUGCCCGUGGCGGGUGUGACUGCCGGCUACCACGGCAGCCUCCUGCCCGAAGGCCACCUGGAGCUGACCGCCACCUGCAACGCUGACUGCAACUGCCGGCCUGAGCUCUACAGCCCCGUGUGCGGCUCCGACGGCCUCACGUACUUCUCGCCCUGCUACGCGGGCUGCCCCGAGGCGGCCGAGCCGGGCCCCGGCGGCCCGAAGGUGUACCGAGGCUGUAGCUGUGUCCCUCAGAAUGUUUCCUCUGGUUUUGGCCAUGCUACUGCAGGGAAAUGCACUUCAGCUUGUCAAAGAAAGCCCCUCCUUCUGGUUUUCAUAUUCGUUGUAAUCAUAUUUACAUUCCUCAGCAGCAUCCCUGCGCUGACGGCAACGUUACGGUGCGUCUGUGACCGGCAGAGAUCGUUUGCGCUGGGAAUCCAGUGGAUUGUGGUUAGAACUCUAGGGGGCAUCCCGGGGCCCAUCGCCUUCGGCUGGCUCAUCGACAAGGCGUGUCUGCUGUGGCAGGACCAGUGCGGCCAGCCCGGCUCCUGCUUCGUGUACCGGAACUCGGCCAUGAGCCGCUACAUGCUCGUCGCCGGGCUGACGUACAAGGUGCUGGGUUUCCUGUUCUUCACCAUUGCCUGCUUCCUGUACAAGCAUCCGUCGGAGUCUCCCAAUGGCCUAGAAGCUUCUCUGCCCAGCCAGUCCUCAGCCUCCGACACCCCCAUGGACCUCCAGGAUGCCCCCUCGGCCCUCCAGCUCCAGAGUGAUGUCUGACCGCCCAUCCGUCCAUCCGCCCAGGGGCAUGAGCCAGCUGCUUUGCACUUCUUGCAAACCCUGUAUGAUUUCUCCCCGGAAGGGCUCACCCCUUGCCAAUGGAUGCCCCAUGCUGGAGACCCUCCAAAAACCUCCCGGAGGAUCCUGCGGGGACUGAGCUGGUGGGGGCCACACAUCUGAGUCUCAAAGGCACCGAGGAGAAAGGACGCAAGGCACACCUCCCUCCUGGGCCGGGGGGAGAGCGUGGCGCUCUCUCCGGCUCAGGAAGACGGAGGCCCCCACCCCCUCCCUUCCACCUCACAGUCCGUGAAGGGACAGAGCCGCAAAGCACUGAAUUUUCCUCAGGAGCCUCAGGGACCCCGGACACGUUAGCAGCUGUGAUUGUCAAACCAUCUAUGCAAUUUGAACCGCACUGGUCCCGUGCGGAGCUGGCGGCCACCGGGUGGCCCGUAAGUUACCGUUCUGUCCCGGAGCCUGGAGCAGCGCCUGUCACCACCUGUGACGCGCACACAGGGCUUGGGCCAGCUACUGCUCUGUAACACCGUCAACGCCGAGGGAUGGGAGUCGCCAAGCGCUGAGGCCCCCGCCGUGGGGCGUGUCGCCAGCCGUGCUCCUGAACGGGCCCGGUUCAGCGCGUCUUGGGGACCAGCCUGGGCCCAACUUCCUGUGUUUCUCCUGAUACAGGGCAGCUGGGUGGCCGGCUGUCCCCAGGGGCGCGGCCCCUCCUGUCCCCUCCCGUCCUCAGAGCUGCGGCGGGCAGGAGCGCUCGCAUAAGCAGAUAUUUAUGGACCGAUGCUUCGCAGAACCUUAUUUAUAGAAUCUGUUUUUUACCUGCUGGUGUGGGGGGCAUAGCGGCCAGCUCAGCGGACACUCGUGAACUCUGCCUGGAGGACACUGGGACUUUCAGGGAAUGUGUGGAUGGCCUCUGUUAAAAUUAUGUGUAAAUAAAUCUAUUUUACUAUUUAAAGCAAA